AAGAAGAAGAAGAAGAAAUAAAGAAGACGUUGAUUUUGAGAAACGCCAAACUAACUACAAACGCUGUUAACAGUAAUUGUCUUGUUGAGUAGGCUAAAAAUUUAAGCACCCAAUUCAAUAUCCACAUGCACAAACCCUUUAAAUUCUCAAUCUAUGCCACUAAAAUUUAUCGUGCAUUUCUUUCUACUCAAUCACAAAAAAUAUUAACCAGUCCUGUCCCAACUCAAGAAAACAUCACCCAUUUAAUCUUAGAACAAAAAUCCCCAACUGAAGUUCUUCAAACCUUUAAAUGGGCCUCCAAACUUCCCAAUUUCACUCACAAUCAGUCCACAUACAGAGCUUUAAUCCACAAACUGUGUAUUUUUCGUCGUUUCGAUUAUGUCCAUGAGUUGCUCGACGAAAUGUCUAGCUCAAUUGGGUUAACCCCAGAUGAAGAUAUUUUUGUCACUAUUGUACGUGGUCUUGGUCGUGCUGGAAUGAUUAAACAAGUUGUAAAAGUACCUGAAUUGGUGUUAAAAUUUGAAAAGAAACCAACUUUGAAGGUUUAUAAUUCGAUUCUUGAUGUUCUUGUUAAGGUGGAUAUUGAUAUUGCUAGAGAAUUUUAUAGGAAGAAAAUGAUGGGAAAUGGGAUUAAGGGUGAUGAUUAUACUUAUGGGAUUUUGAUGAAAGGACUUUGUUUGACUAAUAGGAUUGGUGAUGGUUUUAAGCUUCUUGAAGUGAUGAAAAGUAGUGGCGUUACGCCGAAUAGUGUGGUUUAUAAUACACUUAUGUAUGCACUUUGCAAGAAUGGGAAGGUAGGGAGAGCAAGGAGUUUGAUGAGAGAAAUGGUUGAACCGAGUGAUGUGACGUUUAAUAUUUUGAUAUCGGCGUAUUGUGGAGAGGGGAAUUUAGUACAGGCUUUGGUGAUGCUCGAAAAGAGCUUUAGUAAAGGGUUUGUUCUUGAUGUUAUUACAGUGACUAAAGUUGUGGAACUUCUUUGUAACCACGGACGUGCUUCUGAGGCAGUGGAGGUACUAGAAAGAGUUGAGGAAAGAGGAGGGGUUGUUGAUGUUGUGGCUUAUAACACAUUGAUUAACGGGUUUUGUAGAUUAGGGAAGGUGAAAGUUGGGUGUAAGCUUUUGAAGGAGAUGGAGUUGAAAGGGUGCCUGCCAAAUGCAGAUACGUAUAAUGGUUUGAUAUCUGGUCUUUGUGAAUCCAAGAUGUUGGAUUUGGCGCUUGCUAUGUUCAAUGAAAUGAAAAGGGUUGGGAUAAAUUGGAAUUUUGUCACGUACGAUACUCUUAUCAAUGGAUUGUGUUCGGGUGGGAGAAUGGAAGAUGGGUUGAAGAUCAUGGAAUUAAUGGAGGAUGAUAAAGGGGCUUUGACGUUUCAUAUUAGUCCGUAUAAUGGUGUUUUAUAUGGUUUUUACAAGGAAAACCGUUUGGAAGAAGCACUUGCAUUUUUAAGAAAGAUGGAAAAUUUGUUUCCGCGAGCUGUGGAUAGGAGCGUAAGAAUACUUGGUUUUUGUGAAAAUGGUAGUAUUGAUGAAGCAAGGAGGGUCUACGAUCAGAUGGUUGGGGAAGGUGUUAUGCCAAGUGCUCUUGUUUAUGCAAACUUAAUUAGUGGAUAUUGCAGCAAAGGAUGUAUAAAAGAAGCAUUUGAGCUGAUGAACGAGAUGAUUGGACGUGGUUAUCUUCCUGUUGCAUCAACUUUAAAUGCUUUGAUAAUUCUGCUUUGCAAGCAGGGUAAAGUUGGAAAGGCAUCAAAGUUGAUGGAGGAUAUCAUAGGUAGAGGCUGCUUGCUGGACUGUGGAAGUUAUAGUCCAUUCAUUGAUGCCUUCUGUAGCAAUGGAGAUUUCCACAAAGCAUUUAUGUUCUUUCUGCAAAUGGUAGAAAAGGGUAUAGUUCCUGAUUACCAUUCAUGGAAUGCAUUACUUCUGUGCCUUUGUCAACAGAAAAGCUGGAUAGAAGGCAAUAACAAGAUUUGCCGUUUAACUAGCCAACUGCAGGCUAUUACACAGACAUGAUUAUUCAAUAGAUAUGGGCUGUCUUGCAUUUAUCGUGACCUUAGCAAUGCUUUGGUAUUUUCUGAGGCAAAAUCGUGUUGAACUAAAUGCACUUAAAUCAUCAAGAUGGAAGCAGCGGGUAGAUUUUUUCAUCGCGUGUCUCUAGAUGCUAACAUUGACAAGAUGAAAUUUGACUUCUAUCACUUCAUCCAUGAUGUAGAAGGGAGAUAAAGAAGAUGUUCGUUAUGAAUUGAACACCAAACUGGUGCAACGACUUCAGAUGCUUUCCGUGAUAGAAUGUCUCGUCCAGCUUUGAAGUUUUCCUCCAGACAACCAUAUAUGAAGUAGAAGAAAAAGCUCAAAACCCAUACU